UGUUGGUUUUGAUAAUCGCAUCUUCAAUUGACUGUUGGUAUUACAUUUUGAAGAGCUAAUCUCAUGUGGCCAAGAGUCAUGUGCUUCAAAGGUCUUAUACCGUGAGCAUGGACAUAUAUACCUUGUUGCUCUUGAGUCGUGAGAUGAGAAGUUGAACAGAAUAUGUGGCUCUCCCGAGGUGUAAACUGACAACAGUAUGCCCAUAACUUCGUUUUGCCUGGGGGAUUUUCAACAAAAAGAAAGCAAGAAGACGUUCAAAAGCGAUGAGCAUAUGGACAAAUGAUCAUAUUGAAGGAAAGGAAGGAGGUGAAUUGGUAAAGGAAAAGAGGAAAAAAUGGCAUGUAUGUCACUCAAUAUAGGAGCUGCUUCUGCUUUGAAGUUUGUAAGCAAUUGCCAGAAUCAUUCAGUAAAGCUGUUCUCGGCUAAAGAACAACGCUGUUCCAACUACAGUUCCAGCAAUUGGGGUUGUUUCAAUCUUCGAGUUCGUCGGAGUUCUUGCCGUCGUUUUGAUACACACAAAUCUUUCGCCGUUUUCAACAGCCUUCCAGUGGAUAAUAGCAACCCCAAGGAAAGGGUGGUUGUCUUGGUAAUUGGAGGAGGAGGGAGAGAGCAUGCACUCUGUCAUGCUUUGAGGCGAUCCCCUUCUUGUGACGCUAUUUUCUGUGCACCGGGUAAUGCUGGAAUUUCCAGCUCAGGUGAUGCAACUUGCAUAUCAGACCUUGAUGUUUUAGAUAGUUCAGCUGUGAUUGCUUUCUGUCGUAAAUGGGGAGUUGGGCUAGUUGUGGUUGGACCAGAGGCUCCGCUUGUUGCAGGCCUUGCUAAUGACCUUGUCAAGGAAAGAAUUCCUACCUUUGGCCCCUCGUCAGAAGCAGCUGCUUUAGAAGGUUCUAAGAACUUCAUGAAGAGCUUAUGUGAUAAAUAUGGAAUUCCAACUGCAAAGUAUCAAGCAUUUACAGACCCAUCCGCUGCAAAAGAGUACAUCAAACAGGAAGGUGCCCCAAUUGUUGUUAAAGCGGAUGGAUUGGCUGCUGGUAAAGGAGUGAUUGUUGCCAUGACAUUGGAGCAAGCAUAUGAGGCUGUUGAUUCUAUGCUUGUAGACAAUGUUUUUGGUUCUGCUGGCUCUCGAGUCGUUGUAGAGGAAUAUUUGGAAGGAGAGGAAGCAUCAUUUUUUGCUCUAGUAGAUGGUGAGCAUGCCAUACCUCUGGAAUCUGCUCAAGACCACAAACGAGUUGGGGAUGGCGAUACAGGACCAAAUACUGGUGGGAUGGGGGCAUAUUCUCCAGCUCCUGUCUUGACAAAGGAACUGCAAUCAAUGGUCAUGGAGUCUAUAAUUUUCCCUACAGUGAAGGGAAUGGCCGAAGAAGGCUGCAAGUUUGUUGGGGUUCUGUAUGCUGGGCUCAUGAUCGAGAAGAAAUCUGGUUUGCCAAAGUUAAUUGAGUACAAUGUACGCUUUGGAGAUCCAGAGUGUCAGGUAUUGAUGGUCCGGUUAGAGUCUGAUUUGGUUGAAAUUUUGCUGGCAGCUUGCCGUGGGAAGCUACAUGGGAUGUCUUUGGACUGGUCCCCUGGAUCAGCCAUGGUGGUUGUAAUGGCAAGUAAUGGCUAUCCUGGCAACUACCAGAAAGGAACAAUUAUCCAUAAGCUUGAGGAAGCAGAGCAAGUUGCUCCAUCUGUCAAAGUAUUCCAUGCUGGAACUGCUUUUGAUGCAGAUGGAAAUUUCAUUGCUACUGGAGGACGUGUUCUUGGAGUCACAGCAAAAGGAAAGGAUCUUGAAGAGGCUCGGGAUAGAGCUUAUCAAGCCGUUGAACAAAUUAAUUGGCCUGGAGGUUUUUAUAGACGAGAUAUUGGUUGGAGAGCACUACCUCAAAAACAAUAUUCUUAAAGGUAAGCUCCUACAAUCAUCCGUUUCAUUGGGGUCGUAAUAAAAUUUUUGGAAGCAUGACAUGGUUAUCAGCUUGGCAUUGACUAUAUUCGGGAACUCAUUUGGCAUGAUGUUUACGGAGAGCCUGAAGCAUGGCAUGGCUCUUUCGAGAACCACGUAAUACUAGAUGUGAGGAAAGGGUCCAGGAAUAGAUAGAAAGUCCUGAAUUGACUGUAGAACUUUCUAACAAGGUGAUUCUAUAUUGCCUAAUGAAAGCUGCUGAUUAAACUAAAAAAGAAGAAGCUGUUGUAUCCUUAUUUUUUCUUCUUGUUCCCCUUGCAGUUUAAAUGAAAUACUCUGAUUAGGAGUAUCCUAGUAUGUUGUAUCUUAUCCAUAUCUUCAACAAAAGCAAUUUGUUGUGUGAAAAUACAUUAGAGUAGUGGCGUAA